UUUUGGAAGUGGAAUAGACUCUAAUUUUAAUACGUCUUGUCGUGUAAAAUUCAAUAGUGGUCUUGGAUCACAAUCUAUAGAUUUUGGAAGUGGUCACUUGAAAUUUCUUAGAGAGACAAGAUCUGAAAACAUUUUAAUUUCUCUUAAUGAUACAAGUAUUACUGCUGAAGAAAUUGAAAUAUUCGAAAUUAGAAUUAUGCAGUAA